GGUAGGUGUAUAAAUAUAAAGGUUGGGAGUCCCUUUGGUAAGCUCCAUAUCUUUCUAUCUCCUUAUUAUUUCCCUCUCUCUCUCUUUGGCCUUUGCCUUUUGGCUUUUGGCUUUCAAAUAAUCGUUCUUAAUUAAUAAUAUAUAACAAAUUAAUUUAAUUUGUUGUUAUUAAUUAAUUAAGAAUGGUUAAGUUCUCAAAAGAGCUUGAAGCUCAGCUAAUACCAGAAUGGAGGGAAGCUUUUGUAAAUUAUUGGCAUCUGAAGAAGCAAGUGAAGAAGAUUAAGGUUCUAAAAUCAACUCAAAAGAAUAUUAAUAUUAAUGAGUGCCAUGAUGAUCAUAACAACAAUAGUAAUUACUAUUUUGGUCGAUCCAUUUUCGACCCCAUUCGAUUUGUCACCAACAAAUUAGUUUCAUCAGCUAAUAACGUCUAUAAUUCUGAACACCAUAAAACUGACUUGAUUCAGGUGAAGCGUAAAUGCUUGGAUGGUGAAGAGGAUCAAGAGAUUUAUGAAACUGAACUUGCUCAAUUAUUCUCUCAAGAAGAUGAGGUGAAAACAUUUUUCGAGAAAUUAGAUGAAGAGCUUAACAAAGUGAACCAAUUUUAUGUGACAAAAGAAGAUGAGUUUGCGGAGAGAGGAGAUAUUCUUAACAAACAACUUCAGAUUUUGGUUGACCUCAAACUAAUUCUCAAAGACCGCCGCCGCAAAAAUUUGUCCGGCCCCGCCAAGCUCGGCUCGGCAAAUCCUCCCUCCUCUUGGUCAUCUUCUCCCCGGACCUCCGAUUACACCGAGAGUGAAAAUGAUAACGAGGGAAUUGGAAGAAUGAAUAAUAGUGAAAGUAGAAUAGACAUAUCAGAAACAACAGAAGCCAUAGCAAGUCUUGAGAAGAAUGGUAUAAAUUUCACCAACUUAGGAACAAGGACCAAAACCAAGAAAGGAAAGCCAAAAAUGGCGAUGAGGAUAGAUAUUCCAGUCACAACACCCACUCGAACAAUCUCAGCCCUAACUUCAAUGCUUUGGGAAGAUCUAGUCAACAAUCCUAAGAAGGAAGGGCAUGGAGAGUACAUCAAUAGGAAGAAGAUUCAGUGUGCUGAGAAGAUGAUUAGAGGAGCUUUUGUUGAGCUCUAUAGAGGCCUUGGUUUGCUCAAGACUUACAGCACCUUGAACAUGGUUGCUUUUGUAAAAAUCCUCAAGAAAUUUGAUAAGGUAUCGAAUCAGCAAGCAUCAGCAAGUUAUCUUAAAGCAGUGAAGAGAUCACACUUCAUUAGUUCUGAUAAGGUUGUACGACUAAUGGACGAAGUGGAGUCCAUAUUCAUAAAGCACUUUGCCAACAAUGACAGAAAAAAGGCAAUGAAGUUCUUGAGGCCCCAUCACCACAAAGAUUCUCACAUGGUUACUUUUUUUGUUGGGUUGUUAACAGGUUGUUUUGUAUCACUAUUUAGUGUGUACGCAAUUCUGGCACAUAUAUCAGGCAUUUUCUCCCCUACCAAAGGAACUGUUUAUAUGGAAACUGUCUACCCUGUUUUCAGUGUGUUUGCAUUGCUGAGUUUGCACCUGUUUAUGUAUGGAUGUAACCUGUUCAUGUGGAAGAAGACAAGAAUCAAUUACAACUUCAUAUUCGAAUUCUCUCCAACCACAGCUCUCAAGUACAGGGAUGCUUUUCUCAUAUGCACAACCUUCAUGACUGCAGUUGUGGCAGCUAUGGUUCUUCAUCUCAUCUUGAGAGCCAGUGGAUUUUCUCCAUCCCAAGUUGAUGCCAUUCCAGGACUCCUCCUUAUGGUUUUCAUAGUAUUCCUGGUUAGCCCAUUUGACAUCUUCUACCGCCCAACUCGCUACUGCUUCAUUCGAGUGAUUCGUAACAUAAUUUGCUCUCCAUUUUACAAGGUUUUGAUGGUUGAUUUUUUCAUGGCUGACCAACUUACUAGCCAGAUUACAUUGCUAAGACACAUGGAGUCAACAGCCUGCUACUUUCUUGCUGGAAGCUUAAGAAAGCAUCAAUUCGAAACAUGCCACUCUGGAAGGCUCUUCAGUGAGCUUGCUUAUGUCAUCUCAUUUCUCCCCUAUUACUGGCGUGCCAUGCAGUGUGCAAGACGAUGGUUCGACGAGUGUGAUUCCACACAUUUGGCUAACAUGGGCAAGUAUGUCUCUGCAAUGGUGGCUGCUGGAGCUAGAAUCACUUACUCAAGGCAGCCUCACUAUGACCCAUUAUGGUUUUCAAUAGUUUUGGUCACUUCUGUCGUGGCUACAAUCUAUCAGCUCUACUGGGAUUUCGUCAAGGACUGGGGUCUUCUCAACCCCAAAUCAAGAAACACUUGGCUUAGAGAUGAUCUAAUUCUCAAGAACAAAAGUACCUACUAUGUGUCCAUGGGUUUGAAUGUUGUUUUAAGAGUAGCAUGGGUGGAAACAGUGAUGGGGUUCCGAAUUGGAGCUGUUGAGUCAAGAUUAGUAGAUUUUCUUUUGGCUUCAUUGGAAGUUAUUCGUCGUGGCCAUUGGAAUUUUUACAGGAUUGAGAAUGAGCACCUAAACAAUGUAGGAAAGUACAGAGCUGUAAAGACUGUUCCCUUACCAUUCCGAGAGACUGAUUCGGAUGGCUGAGUGAUCAUUGUGUUCUGUUGUAUACACUAAACAACAUAUACAUCCGGGGAUGAGCAAAGCAAAGCCAAGCAGAAAAGACAGAGAGUUGGAGUUAGAUCCGCAUUUUGUUAUUUGUAAGGUGUGGACUGCAUGUGGACUUCCCUCUGCCACUCCCAUGAUCCUAUCAUUACUACAACUUCUACUAUUCAUCUCAACCUAUGAAUCAACAGCUAGCAGCAGAGCGCCAACUGUAAUGUAGCAAACAAGCUUCGCUCCUAUACCAAUACCUCUCCUUUCUGUUCUCUCUUGAUUUGUACAUUUUUAGCAUUUUUAACAUUAAUAAUUUGCUGCUGCUAAUGCUAAUCAAUAUGUACUAUAUAUAUACAAUUCUAAACUUAUGCUACUUCUUUUUAAACUUAUUCUCUUUCCAUUUAAGUAAAAAAAUUGUUUGCAUGAAUCAAUCUUUAAUUCCGAUGCUAUCAAGAAUCAUGAAUCAUGUAAACAUCAACUAAUACUAAAUCUUUAUUAUAACACAUGAAAUCAUCACUAAAAGCAUUCAUCAAUAAAUGAUAAUAAGAGUAAUACGAUGAUAACAAAUCCUCAUGACUUAUCAAAUAAAUAGUUUACAGAUCUGUUUUUGUUCUGGUCAAAGAUUGAGCAAUUUUCUUGGAGAGACAAUAGGCAGUUGACUGAAUAGUGAUCAUGGGAUUGACACCAAUGGCACUAGGAAGAACACUAGCAUCACAAACAAACAAUCCCUCUGCUUCCCAGCUCUGUCCAUUCUCAUCCACAGCUCCUUGUUUUUCAUUGAUCCCCAUUCUGCAACUCCCAAGCUGAUGAGCAGAACCAUAGUUAGUCCAUUUCUCCUCCAUUGACAUAGGCCCUUUAGCGGCAUAAACAGAGUCCAAAAACUCCUCCAACUCACUCUCACUAAUCCCUUCACACUUCAAUCUCUGCCCAUCACUCCUAUGAGUCCCAACUUCCACUGCUCCAGCAGCCACAAGAAUCCUCAAAGCCCGUCUCAACCCAACUGUCAUGUUAGCCCUGUCUCCAUCAUCCAACUCAUAGCUCAAUCUCCCUUCCUUCUUCACCACUCCCGACCCGCGGUCUCUGAUGAUGGUGAUGAAAUGGGCAGUCCUGGAGUACUUAAUCAUCUUAUUCUUCAAGUCAGCUCCAGAGAUCCACGGACCAAUUGAAGCAAACGCACCUGGCCCCAAAGCAGGAGUUUCUAUUAUAGCCUUAACAUUAUUAUGGUUACCACCACCAUCAUCACCAUCAGAGCCAAACACUUUGUGGACUGAAGUAAUUAUUCCCCCUUCAUAGUUCUUCCCUGUGAAUUCUGAAUUGGAUUCGGGGAAGUAACCCCAUGCCAUUAAAACAGGGUGGAGGUGAAGGUUUCUUCCAAUGUUCUUGUUCUUCAAACCACUAUUGAUCAUCAAUGGUGGAGUGUAGAGAGCUCCACAGGCUAAAAUUGUGACUUUUGCCUCAAUUCGAAUCAUUCUUUUGACCCCAUCACCCACACUUCUGGCCAUUACUCCCAAACACUUGUUCUUUCUUCCACUUCUACUCAUGCCGUUGUUUUUCUCCAAUAUAAGCCUCUCGGCUUUACAACCAGUGAGCAAAACAGCACCGUUUUCAACGGCAUCGACGAGCCAAGUAGAAUCAGUACCCUUCUUGUCCCCUGUUGGGCAGCCAUAGGCACAAGACCCACAGUAAUGAUCCUCCGAGCUAUUUCUGGGGACGAACUCAACAUCCAGACCCAGAUUCUUGCACCCUUUUCUCAGAACUUGAUUCUGAAACCCUUCUUCCUUACAUUUAUUGGUCACUCCAAGUCUUUCGCAGACAGAAUCCAUGGCCGAAACGUACUCCUCGCUCCCAAAAAGACUCAAUUUUUCGUCCUCACUCCAUUCUUUGAGA